CACCUGCUGGUCAUACGUAGUAAGUGCAGUGUUAAAGAUGGCGACAGGGGUCCUUCAGAGAAUUUGCGGUGGCCUUGGUCCAGCUAAAAGCAGGGUGUUUUGGAUCGGACAGCUCGUUCCUGGGAGCAGGGGCGUAGCCACAUCGAGCAGCAGGAAGCAAGAGGACAGCUGGUUCAAAUCAUUGUUUGUGAGGAAAGUCAUCCCCAGGAAGGACGCACACUCAAACCUGCUGACCAAAAAUGAGGAGAGCAAUCUUUAUAAAAUCCAGUACCAUAAUGUCAAACCAGAGUGCCUGGAUGAAUACAACAAACUCUGUGAUGAUGUUUUGCCCUCCAUCCAUGCUGAUAAAUACUACCCUUGUGAGCUGGUGGGUACCUGGAACACCUGGUAUGGAGAACAGGACCAGGCUGUUUUUUUGUGGCGUUACAGAGGCGGUUACCCAGCUCUGACAGAGGUGAUGAACAAGCUCAAGCAGAACAAGGAGUUCACAGAGUACAGGAAGCAGCGGGGUAAGAUGCUGCAGUCUCGUAGGAACCAGCUCCUGUUGGAGUUCAGCUUCUGGAACGAGCCCGUACCCAGAGAGGGGCCCAACAUCUAUGAGCUCAGGUCGUACCAGCUCAGGCCAGGAACCAUGAUUGAGUGGGGAAAUUACUGGGCCAGAGCCAUCAGAUACCGGCAGCAGAACAGAGAAGCUGUAGGAGGUUUUUUCUCACAGAUCGGCAAUCUCUACAUGGUUCAUCACCUCUGGGCUUACAAAGACCUCCAGUCCAGAGAAGACACAAGGAAUGCUGUUUGGCAGCAGGAGGGCUGGGAUGAAGUGGUGUAUUACACGGUUCCUCUUAUUCAAUAUAUGGAUUCCAGGAUUAUGAUCCCGACAAAGGCUUCACCGCUGCAGUGAAGCAAGAAGCCAAAUCAGACAUUACAUCAGUCCACAAUUACAACACGAAGGUUUCAUCCUGCUGUGUACACUGCCAAAAACACACUCCCUCCAUUUUUAUGUCCUCACCUCAAGAAAUCUUUAAGACAGAUGGGAAAAUACUCUGCUCCAUCUGUGGAGGGUCCCAGGUCACUGAAAGCCUUCCAACACGCACAACUCUUCUUUGGGGGAGGAUGAAUAAAUCCAGUGUAUUCAAACCUCAUCAUUCUGUAAAACUCUUGUGAAAAGUGGUCCACAAACAGUUCUGAACCUGCUGGCGUUUUCAUACAAAAAUAUGGAUGUGAAAACACAGAUGGGGCAAAUAGUAUAGCUGAAGCUAUUUAUUUAUUUAAUGUAAAUUUGGAAUACAUAUAUAUUAUCUGUUCAGGUGACUGAGGCAUUCAGCUGGAGUUUAGCGGAAGAGAGCUUUGAUUUGAGUGUUAAAAGCCUGUCCUGUACCACUUACGGGGACAAAACAGUACCUACAAUCUAGCUUCAGUAGACCAUGGCCUGGACACAAAUGUAUGGUGAUUAUCACAGGGUAGCAGAUAUCGCUAAGUAGAGGUCAAUCAAGGGUUACACGGGGUCAGCAUUUAAGAAUAGUCUAACGAUAUUGAAACGUAUACCAGAUUGUCUCAUCAAAGUUAAUGUUGCUCUAGUUUUGUAAAAAAAAAAAAAAAAAAAAAAAAAAGAGAUUGAGGUAAUAACAGUUUUAAAAAGGAAUAGUUUGCACCAUCUGUUGUUUAGUUAUCAAGUUAAGAGGUAACAUGUCAUCGACUCUAAUGGACCUUGUUUGAUCAUAACUAUGGAGACCAACAUCCACCUGUCAAAACUAUUCCAUCUAUUAAUCCUAUUAGCUCAAUGAAUCAUUUGCACCACUCUUGACCAAAAUUGGAGCAACUUUAACAUUUGACCGCUGUACAAACUGAAGUUGACCUUUGUCACCAUUUUUGUUUUUUACCCCAUAACAUUCUUUCAAACUACACCUCCUUGGACUCCUUGUGAUCAGGCAAACCAUUGACCCUUGCCACCCUGGGUUGGACACUAUACAUUUUCGUGUCAGCCGUGGUACACCGAGUCUGGGCUCGAGUGUUGUAUAGUCCCUUUAAGUGGUACCAAUUAGGUCAAAAUUGGCUAAAGGACUAUUGUGAGAUUGAUUUUUGACUGUAAACCAGAUUAUUGAAAAGUACUGCUCUUUUUUUGUGCACAUUCAGUCUUAAUUUUCCCUGUCAUGGUAAUGUCAAUGUUUGUAACUGUGGCUUCUUUUUUCCCUGUGGAUACAGCAUGCCUCCUUCAAAAAAAAAAAAAAAAAAAAAAAAAAAAAGACUAACACACCGAUCACCAUGCUAUCGGCGUGACUGGAGUCAUGCUGCUGCGGUUGCAUAUUCAACAUUUUUGACAAGUGAGCAUGUUUGUUCUUGUCAUCUUCUGCUGUUUACGGGGACAAACAAGAACACCAACACAUAUUAAAGUAGUUUGAACAGCUUCA